AUGCACAUCAAGUUCAGACGUAAGGCGGUGCUGUCGUCAAGGCACAACAGGUUCAGACGUGAGGCAGUGCUGUCGGCAAGGCACAUAAGGUUCAGACGUGAGGCAGUGCUGUCAGCAUGUCGGAUCAAGUGCACUCAAAGCCAGUGCGUUCGGCCAGGCCCAUCUAGUGCAGACAUGAAGCAGUGCGUUCACCCAGGCCCAACAAUUGCAGACGAGAGGCAGUGCGAUCGGCCAGGCCCACCAAGUGCAGACGAGAGACAGUGCGUUCGGCCAGGCCCACCAAGUGCAGACGAGUGGCAGUGCGUUUGGCCGGGACCACCAAGUGCAGACGAAAGGCAGUGCGUUCGGCCGGUCCCACCAAGUGCAGACGAGAGGCAGUGCGUUCGGCAGGGCCCACCAAGUGCAGACGAGAGGCAGUGCGUUCGGCCGUCCCCACCAAGUGCAGACGAGAGGCAGUGCGUUCACCCAGUCGCAACAAGCGCAGAUGAGAGGCAGUGCGUUCGGCCAGGCCCACCAAGUGCAGACGAGAGGCAGUGCGUUCGGCCAGCUCCACCAAGUGCAGACGUGAGGAAGUGCGUUCGGCAAUGCCCACCAAGUGCAGUCGGGAGGCAGUGA